UUACGAAGUGAGACAGUGGCCAUUUGAACUUCAUCAGUUUCUUAUGCUCUUACUAAAGAAUACUACCCCACUGAGGUAUAGAUUAUGUAUGUGGUAGCAAGGAUAUGUUGUAUUGAUCUGCUUAAAAAAAGGCCUCAUUGCCCAUUGUGUAAAUUUGAGGAGUAUUUUUGCGUAAACGAGGAAGUGUGCACUUUGUUUCUGAAACCACUGGGAGCAGCACACAAGAAGAUUUUGGGAAGCAAGAGUUUUAAAGAAUAUUCCUGAAUGUUUGGCACUGUGUGUGCAGAUAGUAAUGCAGUCUUUUCCUCUGAGAGUUUAGUCUAAAACGCAUGGAAAUUAGAGAAGCUUCUGUCGGCCCAGUUCAGGAGCAAUGUUAUGACUGCAGAUGAUAAGCCAGCUGCAACUUGAAACCAAUCCUGCAUUCUUGCAGCGUUGGAAAAGGCUUCCAGCACCCUAUGGGCUCCCCACUUCACGAAGCAGAACCUGGCGUGCUGUGCUAGCCAUUUGUGCCUUGGUUGUCGAAGGAAGGUUCUACCACCACAUUUUCCAAAUGUCUCCUUUCUGACUGUUCUUUGUCUGGUGUGAAGGAGUGCUGGCACCCUGAUUCCUGCCACUGGCCUUCCCACUGGAGCAAGGCAUAUACUGCUGCUAAGAUUCAGGCAGCUUGAAUUAACAAAGUGACUGAGCCAGGGCUUUCCCUGCCGGGAGGCUGAACUGCAUGGCUUGGGGUGGCCAGAGUGUAGAGGAUGGUAGGUCUAUCUGGUUUUUGAAUGCUAAAGAUUGCUGAGAUAGCCAGGAGUUGUAAUAAUCUGCCUUUUAUGUUCUGUUAACAGUGAGUAGAGCUGUGCUGAUGCCUUGCUUGUCAGGAUACUUGGCAAAAGAUACUUGGUGAAAGUCCAUACAGGCACUCAAACGUUGCAAAAUAGUUUUCGUGAAAAGAAAAUUCAAACCUCUUUUUUUUAGUAGUAUCACCCGAAUAUACAUCAAGAUUACUUCCUGUCCUUUCGGAACUACUUUUCUGACAAUGUAUGUUGUCCUGUGCAACUGGAAAGUACAAGGUUGAUAAGCUCUAUCUUAGCUGAAAAAAUGAGGAUGUAUCAUUUUGCAUGGUGCUUGAGGGAUAUAUCUUUUAAAUAGUGCAUAAGGACUUCGGCAUUAAAAAACUUAUUUAAGAUAAAGCAACUGAACUGUUUCCAAUUUGAAGAUAAACUGAAUGUUCAAGUAGUUGAAAAGAUAAAAACAAAGAACACAGUUUGUUUAAAUACAGAAGGGUGUUUGUCUAGAUGAUCUUUCAGACUGAUUAGAGUCGUAAGUGAUCUAAAUACAAAUUAGAAGGCUACACAUCAGACUGCAGCCUAUUCUUGUAGCUGAGCUGCUGAGCUCAUCUGGGUACAUCAGAAACUCCUUUUGUUCAUCCAUUCCCCUCCACCUUCUUUUUUCUGCUCAUGCCAAGGACGCUGCUUUAAUGUAGAAGGCACCACCUGUUCGAAGGACUCUGCUACUUCUGGCUCCUUUCAUACAGCUGGUCCUGCUUCUUGAUUCCUUGCCCUCCAAGUAACACGGCAUUCCCUUUUACAUGAUGGUUACUAUGGUCCAUGACCUCAUUUUCAUUUUUCCUAUGAUUUUUACUUGUCUAGCAUAUCAAUAUGUUGAUACCUUAAAAAAUUGAAAUAAUACUGAGAACAAGAGCAUUGCUGAAUUGAAGGUUUUAUGCUGAAGAAUGUUUUGAUCCUAUUGCUCGUUUUUUCAUCUAUUGAUAAUCAGCUGGUUGGCGUAUCACACACUAUAGGCUCCAUGACUCUUACACACCUCUAAUAAAUUUUAGCUUUCACCAGAAUUGACAGGGGUAUUCUGAUAUGGGGAAGUUUCCUCAAAAUUUCUAGAAUUAGUGUUAAUUUGUUAUUAAAUAACAGAUGGUGAAAUGUUGACAGUUUGGAACUACAGAUUUUUUUUAUUUUAUUUGUUUUUAUAUGUCAGUGGCAAAUUUAGUUUACUUGUAAAAUAUUCUACUGUAAUUUAGAGAAUAUAAUGAAUUUAUUUAUUUGUUUAGGAGCAAUGGAUGAGCUUCAUAGCCUGGACCCAAGAAGACAAGAAUUGUUAGAGGCAAGAUUUACAGGAGUAGUAAGUGGCAGCACUGGGAGUACUGGAAGUUGCAGUGUUGGAGCUAAAGCCUCAACAAAUAAUGAAAGUUCGAACCACAGUUUUGGAAGCUUGGGAUCUUUAAGUGAUAAAGAAUCAGAGACUCCAGAGAAGAAACAGUCAGAACCUUCCAGAGGAAGAAAAAGAAAAGCAGACACUCAGAGUGAAAGCAGCCAAGGAAAGAGUAUUGGGGGACGUGGCCACAAGAUUAGUGACUAUUUUGAGUACCAAGGUGGCAACGGCUCUAGUCCAGUUCGAGGUGUACCUCCUGCAAUCCGAUCUCCUCAGAAUUCACAUUCCGCCCCUUCUUCUGUUCGACAGAAUAGUCCUUCUCCUACUUCAUUAGCUUUUGGGGACCACCCUACCACGCAACCAAAGCAGUUAUCUUUUAAAAUUACUCAGACUGAUCUCACAAUGCUGAAAUUAGCUGCACUAGAAAGUAAUAAAAAUCAAGACUUGGAAAAGAAAGAAGGUCGUAUAGAUGACUUACUCAGGGCUAACUGUGAUCUCAGAAGACAAAUAGAUGAACAACAAAAGCUACUUGAAAAAUAUAAGGAAAGGUUAAACAAAUGUAUUUCAAUGAGCAAGAAGCUCCUAAUUGAAAAGGUAAGUUUACUUUUAAAAUGUUUGUGAUAAAAACUCUGGAGU